UGAUUUCACUUUCAAACUAUUCACUGUUUCCAUUAGAGUCUGGGUCUCGCUGCUUUUUAAAUAUCCUUUUAAUAAAUAAUUGCACUCACAUUCGUUAACUGAAAUCAAUUUAUUCUUAUUUCAAAAGCUGUUCCAACAUGGCCCUUCCACGCGUAUUGACAUGGUUUCCAUAGAAAUUCCCAAAAACACACACAUCAAACCCAAAUCUAGACCCACUUGACGAUUCGCUAUUAAUCCGACUGAAACCAUGUAGUGGGCUGCAACAAAGUGGUAAGCCAACCCACCGAUGGAGUCUUUUAUCAGGAAAUCAACAGUUGAUUCAUAUCUACCUUUCCGCAGUCGUCUCCUCUUUAUUAUAUUCCGCCAACACGAAACGGCCACGGAGUUCUGGUUUUACUCGGUAAUUAUUACUGCACGGUAUGCCAAAUGGUUGGCUGCUGCAUUAAACACCUUUCGUGUUAAGAGUCAGGUUGUUUUUCCAUACAGACUUCCUAGCUAUUUAAUACAGCUGUUUGUUUUCCCAUGCUUCUCUCCGGGACUGCACCAACAAUGAACUGCAUAUACUGUAGGAUUACUCCCUUUAGUUUUAUCCUGUGGGUUAACCGAUUGUGAGGAUCAAAAGGAUGAUGCGGGUUAGCCAAUUGUCGACCAUGGCGAGAAAAUUGCUUCCCCAGGUGUUGGAACCCCGACAAACAGGAAAGAUAGUGAGGUUUAACGGCGAGUUGGUCCCCGUCCAAAGUAAGAGUCGAGCUUUUCUGAAGCACUUCAAGUAUCCCAAACGUGCAACCAGGGAAAACUGGAUCCAUGACGGAUCGUUUCACGAUGCAGUUUCUGGACUGCUGAUUACGGCCCAACUGUUCUCAAUAAUGCCAGUUUGUGGAAUUGGACAGAAGGAUACUACUAAGCUUCAUUUCUCUUGGAAAAGUAAGCGCAUCUUCUACUCAUACGCGGCAUGUAUGGGAACUGCUUUCCUGGCGGUGACUAGUACGAUUCGAUUCGUGGAUAGAAAUUUCAACUUUUCUAGGCUGACGGGAGUCUUUUUCUAUUUCUACAACCUCUACGGAAUGUACUGUUUCGUGAGAGUUGCACAGAAAUGGCCGGUUCUGAUGCAGAAGUGGUUUAAUGUUGAACAACUGCUGCCGCAGAGUUCCAACAUUAUAGAACGUGGAAAGCUUGCCAAUAAGAUCAAGCUGAUAUCGAUUCUUGUGAUCACGCUCUCCCUGAUGGAACAUAUGCUGUCGAUUGUGGCAGCCGUUUACUAUACCCCGAAUUGCCCAAACAUCAAGGAUCCGGUCAAAAUGUUCUUCAAGUCCAACUUUUUGUUCGUAUUCUACUACUUUGAGUAUUCGGAGAUUCGAGGAUUCGUGGUCAAAUUUAUCAACGUGAUCAGCACCUUUGUUUGGAGUUACAUAGAUUUGUUCGUCAUUAUCGUAAGCAUUGGACUAUCUCACACGUUCCGCAGGAUCAACAACCAUCUGAUGAAUCAUAAACGAGAGAAAAUGACCGAACAGUUUUGGGGUGAGCAACGUCAAAACUAUCGAAAUAUUUGUGACCUUGUUCGGUUCGUUGACGACGCUAUUUCGAUCAUUACCAUGCUAUCGAUUUCAAGCAACCUGUUCUUCAUCUGCGCCUCAAUUCUUAACAGUUUGAACACCCACCCAGCCUUGGUCCAUACAGUGUACUUCUGGUUCGGGCUGGCCUUCCUGAUUGGACGAACUUUGGCCGUGUCCAUGUGCACCGCAGCAGUCAACGAUGAAUCGCAGCGUCCGUUUGAAGUUCUUCGGGCUAUUCCCCGUGACGGAUGGUGCGUGGAAGCGAAACGCUUUGCCGAAGAGGUCAUCAACGAUACGGUGGCCCUCACCGGGAUGAAGUUCUUCAACAUGACGCGCAAACUGGUGCUCAAAGUCACGGGUUCGAUCAUCACCUACGAACUGGUGCUGAUCCAGUUUCACCAGGACGAGACGGCCGAUUACGAUCUGUGCACGUUUAGGCGUACGUAGGUGAAGCGGAUUAAUGGGAGAUGAAUAAAUAUGUUGCAUUCAGCAUUAAAAUAAUAUUAAUUUAGAAUAGGUUUUCAAUCGAAUGAAUUUGUUUUUAUGUUCAGCACAUCGUACACACUUGGAUAAUUCUAAUUUCUGUAACCUUUAUAAUUCUACUGAGGCUCCAAAUACACUAAAACUUCAAUUAACGAA